UCAGUAUCACGUAAAAUGUUCAAAUAAAAAUGUUUAUAGGAAAUUCUUGUUAGUUGAAAAUUCAAGGGAUGAAAUAAUUGCAACUUUGGAUUAUCCGAGAUUUACUGUACAUAUUUCAGUACAAUAUGCCAAAUGUCAUGUAACUGAUGUAAUUUAUUAAGCAAACAGAAUACGACACUGUAUAUAGAAUGUUGUUAUUGUUCAUUAAUAAUAAUAAUAAUAAAUUGUUGCAGGUAAAUAGUACGUGUCCAGUGAGAACCUUACAGGUUGCCAGAUAGGUUUUAUAAAAAGUAAAGCAAAUUCCUCGAAAUGUACUAAAAUAUAUGGGUACUUGUAUAGGCCCAAGAUUGGCUGAAAUAUCAAUGAUACAAAUAGAUGAAAAAAUUAAAAACAGAGAAGGCAUAGAAUUAUAUAGCAGGCAUUAGAUUUUAUACAUACAGUAUUAUUUGUGAUUAGAAAUGGCAAAUUCAUAUAAAGAAACAACUGUGUUGAUGAUGGAUUCAAAAACUGAUGCAACACUUGUUGAACAUUUGAAAGCAGGCACUCAACAGCUUUUAAAAUAUACUUCACUUGUUACAUUGACAGUACAAAAUGCUGCAUUAAAUUUAACAAUGAGAAUGGCAAGAACUCAGAAAGAUCUUUUUAUGGCAAGCACUGCAGUUGUUAUGGCUGAAGUUAUAAAAUUGAUCACUUGUCUUGCUUUAGUAUGGAUAGAUGAAGGAAGUUUUUCUAAAGCCAUUGUGUCAAUUUACAGGACAGUGAUUAAACAACCAAUGGACACGGUUAAGGUAGCAAUUCCUUCUCUUGUUUAUACACUUCAAAAUAACUUAAUUUAUGUUGGUGCCACACAUCUUGAUGCUGCAACAUGCCAGGUUACGUAUCAAUUGAAAAUUUUGACAACAGCUUUAUUCUCUGUUGCUAUGCUACAUAAGAGACUCUCACCAGUACAAUGGAUUGCUUUGUUGUUUUUGUUCUUAGGUGUUGCUCUUGUACAGUUGGCCCAAAUAUCUGCACCUCAAAUUAAUUCUGCAGGAAGAAUACAGUAUCCGUUUGUUGGAUUUACAGCCAUUUUUAUAGCUUGUUGUUUAUCUGGAUUUGCUGGUGUUUAUUUUGAGAAGAUUUUGAAGGGUAGUGAUAUUUCUGUUUGGAUGAGAAAUGUCCAAUUGAGCACGCUUGCCAUUCCUUUUGGACUUAUAACACUCCUUGUUAGUGAUUUUUCUAAUCUCCAAGAAAAAGGAUUUUUCUUUGGAUACAAUGCUCUUAUUUGGAUUGUGAUUUUGCUACAAGCACUUGGAGGUUUAAUUGUGGCUGUAGUUGUAAAAUAUGCUGAUAACAUACUGAAAGGAUUUGCAACAUCUCUUGCUAUUGUUCUCUCAUGUAUAGUAUCUGUAUAUGCAUUUAAUUUUCAACUAACCUUAAAGUUUGUUGUUGGUGCUGCACUGGUCAUUGCAUCUAUAUUUCUAUAUAGUCAGUCAACUGUAAAAUCAAAUCAGGAUUUUAAGAAAUAAUUAUUUUAAUUAAAGAAAAAUUUAAACAGUAAUGAAUAUUUUUUAUAAUUUUGCAAUAUGCAUCUUAUUGAUUAAAUUAUACUGUUCUAUUCACUACUGUACACUAUUAUGAUGUUUCAAUUAUUUAAAUAAUUAUAAAUCAUUUCAUACUAGAAAUUCAUUCUUGAAGAUAAAUGCAUCUAAAAGGACUUUUUUUAUCAUCAUUAAGAAUGUUCAAGAUUUUGACUGUUGUUAUAACAGUUCAGAAGUCACUUUAAACCAGGAAAUAAUUUCAUAAUUCAACUACAAUAAGAAAAAGAUUGAAACAUAAAAAGUCUAUAUUUUUUAAUUAUUUUGUUCAUUAUUACCUAGUUUUAAUGUAAGAAUAUUAUAUUCUUUAUUCUAAAACAAAUUAAUAAUGAUUGUUCUAUUGUCAAAAAUGUUUUGAACUAAGUAUGAACUUCUGUAUUUGAAUCUUGUUUCUUGUGAUGAUCACUUUCAGCAGAUUAUAAAUCCAUAUUUUUAAUUUUAUGAAAUUCAUUAUGAAUUCCUUAUUUUCAGUUUAUUAAUUUUAUAAAGUGAAAUAUUUAAUUUUACAAGUGUUCAAGCACUUAGAUGGUUGUUUUCUUGUAAUAAAUUUAUGUAAAUGUAUCAUUUCAUUGAUAAUGCAACAAGUACAGUAAUUUCAUACAGUUCAUGUAAUGAAAUUAGACUUGUUAUGGUGAUAUUUUUUGUUAAAUUAAAUUGUCAUUUACACUACAUAUUUAGAGAGAAAUAAAUUUAUAGGCAUUGCAACAAUUUUUUGUUUAAAACUAAUCAGUGAUGAAUACAUUAUUAUUAUUUUACAUGUGAUUAUUAUUUUUAUUUGAAAAUAAUUAUUGAAGAAAUGUUAAUAUCAAUUUUGAAUUAAAAAUAUAAAGAAAAAGUGACAGUGUAGUUAUAACAAUAUAUAAUGUCUGAAAAGAAACUAAUUGGUCCUUUGAGAAGAAAAAUGAAUGUAAUAAAUGGUGGCAAUGAAAUCAAUAAUUCUAUCUUUGUGAAUUUCAUUGCACUACUAAUAUUUUUGUAGGAGGGUAAAUUUUUAUAUAGUAAACUGGCAUUUGUUAUACCUAUUUAUAUAAAGAGAGAUGAUAAAAUAACAAGUUCCAAAACUUUUUAAAAUUUAGUGAUCAUUAAAAUGAUAUUUCAGUAUAUAUAUUCCAUUUUAUCCUGUAUAAUUUAUUUAUAUAAAUCCAUCAUAAAAGCAAUUAACAAAUUUUAAUAUGUUAUCUGAUAUUGUCAUAAUGCUUUAAUAAUUUAGAUGUUAGUGAAAAUAGAGCAAUACAAUAUGAUGAUGUGAAAGUGUAGAUUGUAAAUAAUAUGCAUAACAUGUCAGUAGAAUGCAUAUUGUACAGUACAAUAAAUGCUCUUUUAUGUACACACAUUUAUAAUUGAAUUUAUAAGACAAUAAAAAUCCAUUUUCAAAAUAAUUAAUUUUGUAAAAUAAAUGUAUUUGAAAGCUAUGGGAUAUGAAAUGAAAAUGAUGGUUUCUUGAAUAUUUUUAAUUUUUAUGUAAAAGUUAAAUAGGGGAUUCCUUUAUGAUUGGUGUGAAACAAAAGAAUCAUUGUUAAGUGAAAUAUUACUGUAUGUAAUCAGAUUGUUUAGUAAGCUUUUCCAUAAUGAUUUUUAAUACUGAAUAUUUAUAAUUUCUAAAUAAAAAUUGGAAAGUAAAAAUA